ACACGAAAGGAACCGAAUAAGACCCGUGAAGCCCAGACCCGGAUCCAUUAACUAGGAGAAUUUCAACUCCCCGACUGCCAGCGUUUGAGGAUCGCCGGAACGCCAUUUGCAAUCCACUGGGAGCAGCGAAGAUUCUUGAUUGAUACCUUUUGAGAGUAAUUUAUCUUUCAGAGAUUUCUUCUAGGUGAGUUUGCGGUUUUGAUUGUGUAUAAAUCGAUGGAUUUGAAGGCAGCGCACUGAUGUCAUUGUUCUGGAUUGUGAUUCGUCAAUUUGCAGAAAACGAAGCGAUGGCCACGUCAAAGAAAGUUAUUACAAGGGAAGAGUGGGAGAAGAAGCUUAACGACGUGAAGAUUAGGAAAGAAGACAUGAAUAAAUUGGUAAUGAAUUUCCUUGUCACUGAAGGUUAUGUUGAUGCAGCUGAGAAAUUCCGGAUGGAGUCUGGGGCUGAGCCAGAAAUCGAUCUUGCAACCAUAACAGAUAGAAUGGCCGUCAAGAAGGCUGUACAAUGCGGUAAUGUUGAGGAUGCAAUUGAGAAAGUGAAUGAUUUGAAUCCCGAGAUAUUGGAUACAAAUCCCCAAUUGUUUUUUCAUCUCCAACAGCAAAGAUUGAUCGAACUAAUUCGUAAUGGAAAAGUAGAAGAAGCUCUUGAGUUUGCUCAGGAGGAGCUUGCACCAAGGGGAGAAGAAAAUCAAAGCUUCUUGGAAGAGUUGGAGAGAACAGUUGCUUUACUUGCUUUUGAAGAUGUUUCCAACUGUCCGGUGCGAGACCUUCUGGACAUCUCUCAGCGCCUGAAGACAGCAAGUGAAGUUAAUGCAGCCAUCUUAACAAGUCAGAGUCAUGAAAAAGAUCCAAAGCUGCCAAGCUUGUUGAAGAUGUUAAUGUGGGCACAGGACCAACUCGAUGAGAAAGCAGCGUAUCCUCGCAUAAAUGAUUUAUCCACGGCUAUGCUUGAAGAUCCUCCUAUUUGAGUACGUCUUCCAAAAGAACAGAGAUUUCUCAGCGUGUUUGAUCGGAAGAAAAAUAAAAUCACGUAGGUUGAUCAUUUGUAGUUUCCUUCUUGUCUUUCAUCAUCUUCGUUUUAGAAUUUCCUUAGUUACAUUACUGACCUCAAAUGCUAAGAUGGUUGUGUACAAAAGAUUAUCAAACCUUUAUUCUUCAAGUGUCAAA